CUCCUCUUCUUCUCCUUCUUCCCUCUUUUUCUCUCUUCUCACCUACUCAUCCUCGUCACCCUCUACCAUUCAUCCAUUCAUUCAUUCUAUUCACAGCUUCCUCACUCCAAUCCCUUCUUUGUCCACCAUGGUUGUGUCCACCGCGGUUACAUUGUCUCACCUGCAUUGACUUUGUUUCCCCCCCGCUACCGAACCACUGUUUGCCUCCCGCGUGUUGUUAACAGAUUGGGUCUACUGUUUAUCUCACGUCACCCCGUCCCUCCUCUUUCUGGGACGCGUUCAUUCAUCCUUGUGAAUGCCCUCCGAUUCCUUCGCUUCAUCCGUGCGAAGCGCUGAAUCCCCUCUUCGCAUCUCCACCUCCGUCGAUUCUUUGACCAACCCCUCGAGCUCCGAUUCUCCCCUCCCCAGUCCCAUCCGUCACGAUCAAUACCCUCUGCUGACCUCCCGCUUCCGCCACUUAUCGCCCAAACGAGCCGCCAUCAUGAACGAGACAGGCGGCCAUCCUGGUGUGCGCAACCUUCUCGCUAGGUUCGAGAACAACCAGAACAACACUACUUCUCCUCCCUCCCGCGGUCGAUCUCCCGCUGGCUCCGAGCAUUCCGCAACUGCCAGACCCUUGUCCAAGGUGCGCGCCAGCUUCAUCGCUGUCGAUGGAGUCACCCAGCAGCCAAAUCCUGUCGCAGGGCUUCGCAGCGUGAGUGGUCGCAGCGAUAGCCCUGCUGCUCCCUCUCGGGUCAGGAGCUUCAAUUCGGAGGAUUUCGAGGGUGGCUUGAGAAGUCCGUUGUCUGUGUCACCAACCAGCAACGGCUUCCCUCAGAAGAUCACCGAACAGCCCGUUGCGGCCUCGGAGACAUCGCAGAAUGAUGUGUCUGAGAAAGUUGAGCCUGCCCCGGUAGAGCCCGAAAAGCCCUCAGAAGAGGUCAUCGAGAAGGCCCCUGCACCUGCUGCUGCACCUCCUGCUGCUACGCCAGCCCCAGCUUCUCCUGUAAAGGCCAGCAAGGUCUCCACGCCCAAGCCGACGCCGACCAAGACAGUCACAAAGCGACCAUCCACUAUCCAGGUGGGAAAGACGGCACCCAAGCCUGCUUCCAAGUCGCCAGCGCAACCCCGUACCCCACCCUCUCCCGCCAAAACCGAGGACAAGACUACUCGGACUACACGGGCUGUCCGGCCGACGGUGACGAAGACUGCGACCCUCGAAGCCCCCAAGGUCGCACACAAGCCGAGCCGGACAUCCCUGAACACUGCAACGAAGCCCGUCACCAAGCCUGCACGGCCCUCUGUGCCUGCUCGCGACCUGACGAAGCCGACAGCCUCGACCGCAUCUCGCACCACCAAAGCGGCCGCCAACCCCACUCGCCCGGCUUCGACAACGGCUUCGACUUCGUCUACCGCCAAGAAGACCACCACGUCUACUCUGACCCGCAAGCCGUCCACUCUGAAGAGCUCAACCACUGCAACCCAGAAGCGCGCGAUCACUCCUACCGCUUCCACCGCGCGCAAGCCGUCGUCUCGUACCUCCCCUCCUAGCGGAAACGAACGCCCUCAUUCCCGUGUGAGCAAUACGAGUUCCAGACCGGUUGACGAGGGAUUCCUGGCUCGCAUGAUGCGCCCCACAGCUAGCUCUGCUAGUAAGACGCACGACAAGGUUGAGGUCAAAAGCCCCCCGCGGGCCACCAAGCCGGCCCGGGCGCCUAGACGAGUUCCCUCCAAGCUGGAUACCCGCACUUCCCGUCCGACCAAGGUCGAGCAAGGCAAGCCGCUGGAGAAGCCUGCGCCUGAGGCGAAGGCCGAGGAGCCGGCGGAGGUCGUUUCUGAGGCCCCUGCUAUCCCAGAGAAGCCCGUCGAGGUGGUCGAGGAAGCUCCCGCGCAGGAGCCCGUUGAGACCCCUGUCGAGCCUGAAGCUGAAGCUGCCGCUCCCGUCGCCGAGGCUGCCCCUGAAGUCGAUGCUACCGAGGCUGUUGAAGCUGCUGCGGAACAAGCUACCGACCUCCCUGCGGUUGCUGAAACUGAGCCCGUUGCUGAGGCCACCGUGCCGGCGGAAGAGCCAGCCAUUGAGGUGCCCGAGACUAAGGAGGUCUCUGAGCCCGAAGCUCCUGCUAAGGAAUCUACUGAAGCUUCUACUGAGGUUGUCGCCGAGGCUCCUGAGGUUGUCGAGGCCCAGUCGGGCGAGGUUGAUGUUGACAUGGGCAAGCUCUCUCUCAACUGACUUUCUGCGGAGCACUUGACCAGUUAAAAUAGAUUUUCUUCUUGUUUCUUUCUCGUGACAUAUCUUUUUAUACCCUUGAUAAUCGUGAUGCGACCAGGUACAUAUGCUUGUCUCCACGUGUUCUUGAUACUGAUUUUAUUGUUGGGCUUUACCCUUCUUCUCUGCUUCUUGGCUUCUCUGUCUUCCUUUUGGUCUCGGGUUAUCUUUCGGGAUCUUGGUGUGGAAAGCCCCUUGUUGACAGUCGAACAAGACCGACGACGUGCAUGUCGGAGCAUUGCAGGUGGAGUUGAUUCGGAUGUGAUCUUAGCGAUGUGUACGGAGUACUGCAUCUUGCAUAGUACUGGGUCCUCUGGCAUAUUCUUAUCCUUGAUUUAUUUUAUG